GGGUAUCUAUAUUAAUUUAUCAAUAUCUACCAAACGGUCCUGCUAUUGUGGAAAUUUAAAAACUAUCGAGUGUAAUCGUAUACGUUGUAGAAAUAAAAUAAAUACAAUUUAUUUUUAUUGAAUCAUAAAAAAUCUACGUAUUGCUGUGUUAUCGAACGAUGCUAUCCUUGUGUUAUAUGUUGUUGUUAAAUCUCGUUCCAUUAAUUUUGAUAAGCGCUGAAUUCAACGACAAGCAAUCCAAAUUCAGAGGACCUUUGCGUGUCGUAGGCGGUCGGGAUGCAUUACCAGGGGAAUUUCCAUAUGUUUUAAGUAUGGGAUUCAGUGUACUACUACCAAACAAUACAAAAAUAUAUGAAACCUAUUGUUCGUGUGCCUGCCUUAAACCUACUUGGACGUUAACAGCUGCGCAUUGUAUAGAGUCUCCAAGUUCUUUAGAAAUACCCGAGACCGCUGAGUCGGUAAUACGAUAUCAUAAAAUACCAAACGAGGUUGGCUACGCUAAAAUACUGUCUAUGUUCAUAAAUCCUAACUACGUUUCCUUGUCAAACUUCUGGCUCAAUAACGACGUCGGUCUUUUAAAAACUGAAUUUAUCGACAUAUCCACGUACGGAAAACUGAGUGCUGUCGACUAUACAACCCUUUAUGGUUACCAAAUAUUUGCGGUCGGCUAUGGACUAACUGAAGACGAUGAAGGCCGUAUGAAAGUUCCUCUAUCUAUUAAUAAAACAUUGCAAGUGGUUAAUGCGGUCAUUAUCAAAUGCAAAGAGAAUAUCCAUCCAGUUUUCUGCUUGACGGGUGUGUGUGGUCGAUGGUCGGCUCUUUGUCCUGGAGAUUCUGGAGCUCCUGUCAUACAUUCUUCCGGAAUUGUUGGUGUUAAUUCAGCUUCAAGUAUGAAUGAAUGCGAAAGACGACAAAAUUCAAAACCUGAAAAUACAUUGGAAACUUCCGUUGGCAUGAUCACGCCAAUUAGCCCUUUUGUGAAUUGGAUCAUUAACGUCAUUAAGUUAAAUGAAUAAAAUGUAUUUUUUUAUUAUCAAACAUCAAUUAUAAAAGCAUUCGUAUGAAUAUCCAUUCAAGCCGCUCACAAAUUGCCUGGUUUAACAGAUACUGUGAGAUAAUUAGAACUUUUUACGAGAUAUUGGAAAGUCCAAAACUUAAUAGUUCAAAGGAAAACUACUUUAUAAAUAGAUAUUGGCCGAACUGUUUUUUUGAAAUUUGUAUUUUUCAAAUAAACUUCGUAAAUUUUUGUUAAUUUUUAUCAUAAAUAACUUUAUGUUAUAUUGUUAAGUCCUAAAUAGACUUUCAUUAAGAUCGAGCUCUUUUGCAUUAGAGAUUUUUUUACUACCUCGGAAAUCUUUAAGAAAUCAUAAUAUUUUAAAGCAUAUUAUAGUUAAUUUAUGCAUAAAGAAUAAAAUAAAUAAUCUGGUGGUGUUUUCGUACAAUGAUUCAGUUCAUUAAUAUUAAUGUUUCAAUAUGUACAAAAGUAAUAAAAACAGCUGGAGACUCUGAACAUAAGUCGCAAAAACAGCCAUGAGUGCUUUUGUUGGUUGGAAUACAUAAUAUUAUAUAAGAUUCUAAUAUAUCCCACAUGGGUAAGGACACUAUGAUUUGGAUUGAUUCAAUGUUGUCAUCAGAACUUUAGCAUAACUUCGACAGCUAUUCGUAUUUACUCACACCAAUUUAUUACCCUUUACAUUGGACGCACUUUAGAAAACUCUAUAAUGAAAAAAAUUUUGACUAUACUAGAUAAGAAUUUUUUUUAUCUUCCUUUAAUCCUUUUAUUUCAUACUUCCUGUAUUCUAAAUAAUUACAUUGUAUCUUAACGUUAUAUGUAGCGACGGUUGUCACUUACGACUGCUGAGACCAGCCUGCAUUGCUG